AUGGAGGUCUCAUCAGAGUUGUCCAUGAGGCGGAUGCGAAGUUCCGUGGGUGGAGUCCCCCUCGGUCCUCGCCCCGCCAUGCUCGCCAUUCUAAUUAGCUAUUGUGGUCGCCGGUUAAAGUUUGCUAUCGGCCGGCCGGCUACACAGUACACUAGCACGACAGUCACGCCGCAACUGCCGUCAAGCCGGCACGUGUCUCGACUCCUACACUCGGCCACAACACGCGACGCGAUCUGUGUG